UAUCGUUUGCUUCACACUGACAUCAUAGCGGAUUACAAUGUCAAAUAUUUUGGAAGCAGCACUAGCCUCCGGUUUUACACCCCGCGAGAGAGAUUCGUCGUUUAUAUUCCAGUCAUUUGAAAUAUAAAGUUGCAAUAUUUUUCGCAUGAAACAUUUUUUGGGGAUGGAAUGAUACAUUCAAGUUAAGGUCUAUGUAACAGAGAGUGGGUCAGGUCAGGGAUGCUGCAGCAUCGGAGGGAAUCUGACUCUCAUGGCCUGUUUUCAUCUGGAGAGACCUCCGACAAUGACUGUGAGAUGGGGGCAAGUUGUGGAGAAGUUGGCGUAGUGUGUUUGUGUGAGACUGGACCCUGCACACUAUACUCUGAAGCACACACACAGACACCGGACACACUAAAAUGUGAACACUGUGGGAAAAACAGGGUAGUGAUAACCAGGUACUCAGAGGGAUAUGGCACAGAGGAAGAGUGUGCCCUGUCCGAUCCUCAGGGUGACAGCGAUGCAGACGCUGACAUCGAGGACACAGAUUGCAGACUACAGGAGCCAGGUUCUCUCCAGCGAAUCAGUUCGCGGAGACGGAAGCGACCACGAAUAGCACGGCAGGACACCACGGAGAGUGAGGACGAUGGGGGGAGGAGUCACAGGAGUCACCGCUGGAACCUCAGACUCAGUCCCCACCGGGCUCACAACAGAACCUUACUAGAGGAGAGUGUAUCACAGGUCAGACCGUUAGUGAUCUGUCGGCCCAGUAUCAGAGGAGACGGUCAGGGGCCUCCAGUCGAAGGGCCCAGAACUGGCCCAAAAUGGCUCUGGUUCCUGUGGCCCUCGUCUCUUUCCCUGCCUGUCGUUCUCCUCCUCUCCAUCCCUCUCUCUCUCUCCUUAGUCAUCGUCAUCAUAUCUUUCCUGAUGCCUCGGGACAGUACUUGACCUCACUUCUCUGUUUUAUUUCAUUCAUUGUAAUAUUUUUCAUGGAGUAAUAUAAUUAUGCUUUAAUCACCUCGCGUCACCACAUCAUGUUGUUAAUUCAUGUGUGUAUACUGUAAACAAAUCAUAUUAGACCAUAAACCAUAGCAGCAUCAGACCAUAAGCCAUAGCAGCAUCAGACCAUAAGCCAUAGCAGCAUCAGACCAUGAGCCAUAGCAGCAUCAGACCAUAAGCCAUAGCAGCAUCAGACCAUAAGUCAUAGCAGCAUCAGACCAUAAGUCAUAGCAGCAUCAGACCAUAAGUCAUAGCAGCAUCAGACCAUAAGCCAUAGCAGCAUCAGACCAUAAGCCAUAGCAGCAUCAGACCAUAAGCCAUAGCAGCAUCAGACCAUAAGCCAUAGCAGCAUCAGACCAUAAGCCAUAGCAGCAUCAGACCAUAAGCCAUAGCAGCAUCAGACCAUAAGCCAUAGCAGCAUCAGACCAAAAGCCAUAGCAGCAUCAGACCAUAAGCCAUAGCAGCAUCAGACCAUAAGCCAUAGCAGCAUCAGACCAUAAGCCAUAGCAGCAUCAGACCAUAAGACAUAGCAGCAUCAGACCAUAAGCCAUAGCAGCAUCAGACCAUAAGUCAUAGCAGCAUCAGACCAUAAGCCAUAGCAGCAUCAGACCAUAAGUCAUAGCAGCAUCAGACCAUAAGUCAUAGCAGCAUCAGACCAUAAGCCAUAUCAGCAUCAGACCAUAAGUCAUAGCAGCAUCAGACCAUAAGUCAUAGCAGCAUCAGACCAUAAGCCAUAGCAGCAUCAGACCAUAAGCCAUAGCAGCAUCAGACCAUAAGCCAUAGCAGCAUCAGACCAUAAG